ACGCUUGUAGCUAGUGCAACCUAACACAAUGUACCAAAAAAUCAUUUCUGAUGCAUCCAAAUAGAAUUAUUUAAGUUGAUGCAAAGAAGGAAAGAGGUGGUGCCCGGACUACUAUAAAUAGGCAUGAAGUAUAAUGAUCAUCACAAGCACAAGCAUCAAAACCAAGCAAAAGUAGUUAGCACCAAUCCAUCAUGAAGACCUUCCUCGUCUUUGCCCUCAUCGCCGUUGUGGCGACAAGUGCCAUUGCACAGAUGGAGACUAGCUGCAUCUCUGGUUUGGAGAGACCAUGGCAGCAGCAACCAUUACCACCACAACAGUCAUUUUCACAACAACCACCAUUUUCACAACAACAACAACAACCAUUACCUCAACAACCAUCAUUUUCGCAGCAACAACCACCAUUUUCGCAGCAACAACCAAUUCUAUCGCAGCAACCACCAUUUUCACAGCAACAACAACCAGUUCUACCGCAACAAUCACCAUUUUCGCAGCAACAACAACUAGUUUUACCUCCACAACAACAACAACAACAACUUGUGCAACAGCAAAUCCCUAUUGUUCAGCCAUCCGUUUUGCAGCAGCUAAACCCAUGCAAAGUAUUCCUCCAGCAGCAGUGCAGCCCUGUAGCAAUGCCACAACGUCUUGCUAGGUCACAGAUGUGGCAGCAGAGCAGUUGCCAUGUGAUGCAACAACAAUGUUGCCAGCAAUUGCAGCAAAUCCCCGAACAAUCCCGCUAUGAAGCAAUCCGUGCCAUCAUCUACUCCAUCAUCCUGCAAGAACAACAACAGGGCUUUGUCCAACCUCAGCAGCAACAACCCCAACAGUCAGGUCAAGGUGUCUCCCAAUCCCAACAGCAGUCGCAGCAGCAGCUCGGACAAUGUUCUUUCCAACAACCUCAACAGCAACUGGGUCAACAGCCUCAACAACAACAACAACAGGUACUACAGGGUACCUUUUUGCAGCCACACCAGAUAGCUCACCUUGAGGCGGUGACUUCCAUUGCACUCCGUACCUUGCCAACGAUGUGCAGUGUCAAUGUGCCGUUGUACAGCGCCACCACCAGUGUGCCAUUCGGCGUUGGCACCGGAGUUGGUGCCUACUGAUAAGAAAAGUUGUCUAGUAAUAUAUAGUUGGACCACCGUCGUCUAGUCGAUCGACAUGUCGAGGAAGCGGUGACAAAUAAAGUGUCACACAACGUCAUGUGUGACCCGCCCAAAGUAGUAGUUAAAUUCUGGAAUAAAUACAAAUGAAGUGUUCUCUA